AUGGAUGUGCGUGUGGAAGAACAGGCUCUCCCCCCCUCGCUCGGCAUCGUGGCAUUUCCCGUGCUGAAGCUCGUGCGAGAGGCACGCAAUGAACAUGGCAUGCGCCACCAGGACUGGGAGCGCUACCGCCGCUUUUGCACGAAAAAGACGCAUCGUGUCCGCCGAGCGCUGCGCUUGACGCAUGUCGACGAGUCCAGUGUGCAAGGCAAGAAAGCGAGUGCGUCCAAGAAUCGCAAGCGACGCAUUUGCAUAACGCCCGAGAUGCAGCGCGCAGCUGAUAAAGACAAAAGCCAUGCCUUUACGCGCAAGGAAAUCGCACUCGAGCAAAUCCAGGACGCGCGGCCCUUGGAGCUCUUGCUCUUUGAGGCGGAGCAUUGCCUUGCAUCUGCCGAGGAGUUGUGGGCCGCACAAGAUAGCAGCGAUAUUUCCAGGGCAGUGCUGCGUCGGCGCAGCAUUGCGCGCGGGCGCCGCGCCGUGCAAUUUGCCGAGAAGUUAGAGGUGCUAGCAGACGCCAUGAACAAUCAUUUGGAUGCCGUGGAGCGUGCACAGUGUGCGGCCUAUGUCGGUCUAGUAAAGAGCGCUGUGCUAUUUAUCAAAGGCGAUUGGGAGCUCGCGUUAACGUCCUGUGCAGUUACACGCAGCCUGUUUGCCAAGAUUGCAGAGAACAGCGCAACGAGCCGCGACGAGGCACUCGCAAGCAGCUUUUUGGAUGCUCUCGAUGCUCAAGUGCGUUUUGCCGCGUAUUCAGUGGACGACAAGACUGGCGACACAGCCGCCAUUGUCCAGCGCGUUGCUACGCGCGACGCUUGUGCACGUACAAUCCCCGGCUACGUAGAGCGUGUCGACCAGCUCGAGAAAGAGCAUGCUGGAUUGGAGGCUACCGAGCCGCUGCAUCUUAAAUGGCGUUCCCAUGAUAUCCCACUCCGCAGUUUCGAAGUGCACGAUACGGUUGCGCAGGUGAACAAGGAGCAGGCGCGCUUGGAGCAGUACCUCUCCGAGCAUGGGUCCACCCGCGAGCCUACACAGCGCACACAUGCGCCUCGCACACGUCUUUCUCAUGCCGCACGCAAUGCAAAACGCGCUGGCGGCGUGCGCACGAUUCGCUCGGCCGGCGCACAGCGCGCUAACCACGGCGAGCUGGAUCCGUUCGACCGCGUUUUGGGCGCUCUCACCGAUGCAGAAGACGCCGUGCGUAUUCUUGUUGAUGACAAUGCACAGGCAUUGGCAAAAAGUCAUUCUGCACGCUACGAGGCAGCCGGCCAGCAGCUGCGCCAUGCUCACGAGCUCAUUCUUUAUCGCUUGCUCUGUGUGCGCAUCGCACGGAAUGUGCGCCUGGCCGACGAGGUCGAGGCGAAAGCGCUGAAGCGUGGGGCCAAGGCACGGGCUAUGCUUGACGCGCGUCUUUUUGUACAGGCGCCCAGUAUCGCGCGCCCCAGCGCCAAGCCAUCGCAGCCCGGCGCACGCGCAAAAAGACCCCGCACAACGCCAAAAUCUUUCAAAAGGAAGCACGCUCGGAGCGGACAACAUGUGCGCGCUCUUGCACUCCGUAAUAUGCAAUCUGAACGCGCCGUGCACGUCGCUACGGCCAAGGCAGAGCGCCGUGCCCUGCGCACGGUGCCGGGCAUUGCCAAAUUGCUGGAAAAUAUCGACAGUUCUCUUUUGGGAAUUGGCGGUCUGGUGGUCGUCGAAGGUGAGCCGGAUGUGUCGAGUUUGAUGGAAGCCAAGCGGUUUUAUUACAAUGCAGUGCUGCUCAAGUACCUCGCGCGCGCAUUUAUGCAGCACUCGCUCUUUGCAGAGGCUGCGCUGCUUCUGCAGCGUGCCGAGCUUUAUGUGCGCCAGGCAGCCCAGUCGCUCGAGCUUGCAGACGGUGCGGAAGAAGAGGACAAGGCAUUCUCACCGACACUGCUCGGUGAAAAUGUUCUUGACACAUUGAAAGCGGAGCUUGUCGAUACGCAGCGCGCGGUGUUGAACGCAAUGGCUACGACACACGCAGCGCCGACUACUGCGCUGCGUGAUACAAAAUGGGGCAAGACUAUUUACCACCAUGCACUGCGGCACGUCUCGUUUGAUCCAAUGGAUCUCGAGCAUAUGCGUGCACAGGCGCGUGAACUGGUCAAAUCCGCUGACGAAUCCACGGACGCCAUGGACGAAGCUAUAGACGAGGUGCCUGCAGACACUGUGGAUGCUCCCAAUAUUCCCCCAGCCGAUACUCCCUACGAUCCCGCGAACGCGCUCGAGGAAGAAGAGGAGCGCAAGCUCGAAGCGCAGCAGCAACCCUCUUCCUGGCUCGGCUGGCUCCGCCGUACCUAG